CUCUCCUUUUACCCCCCUGCUUAGCCAACAGAGCUCAGUUUUUCAAGUGUCCUCGCCACAGGAGGUUAGGACUGGCCUAUAGACAGGCCCUGCACAAGGACAACAUCGGUCAGCGAUUAGCGCUGACAACAGGGGUGAGACCAGAGUCAGUAACACUUCUGCGCUCUAAGUGUCAGCCCCCCCCGCGGGACUUCCCACUCUGCACAACACUAACCUAAGUGUUUGACUGAACGCUGAUUCAGGCGCUUCCCUGGAACAGAGUUGGGCCCCCCGGACAGCUGGAGACAAGCGCCUUGCCUAGCUCUCCUCUACCAGGUAACAGGCUUCUCCCUAGCUCCCUGCCUUCAGCCACUACGCGCGACGCGAGUAUCGCGCACGUGCAUAAUGAUGACGUCACGAGCACGCGCCUAACCGGUGCGCACUCGCGUCGGAGGGGGAGUAACUGCUCUUCGCGCCAUUACUAUCGCGCGUCACUGGGGUUGCGGUCACUCUCCUUGGCGCGCUCCACAUAACCAGAGGCGAGUUCUGCUCUGAUACAGCACUGCUGAUUCUCCUUCUCUCCUACACUGUGUGCAUUAACAUACCAGGUGGCAAGUAUACUUAUAUACCUACACACAUGGCUGAAGGCAGGGGGGACCUAUUUUCUAAGGGAGGCAGGAAAAAUUCACCUAUGGUGUCAUUUUUUGCCUGCACUAAGUGCCUUAAUAAGUUUAAGGAGGGCCAAUCUAGCCCACUUUGCCCUGACUGCAGCUCGCACCUCAAUCAGGCUUCAGCCUCCCAUGAGAGUGUCUCACAGGGCCCCAUUGAGCAGCCCAUAGCAGGCCCUUCCUCUGCAGGGGCCCCAAUCGCACAGGCCUCCUCUGAUGUGCCAGCAUGGGCCGUCUCAUUAUCCAAUUCCCUAGCAGGUCUACAGUGUAUACCUCAAUUGGCUUCCACAAUUGACAAAAUGUUGGAAAGAUUGUCCGACAUUCCAGCACCCUUAGCUAAGCGCAAGCGUGAUACUGGUAGACCAGACCCGACUCUGAGGGUCUUUACUUCUAGCCCACCUCUAUCUGAGGAUGAGGCUAGCGAGGGAGAGGUGUUCUCUUCAGCACACUCUGACUCCGAUGGGGCAGAGAGCACCCCUGAUACUUCCUCUAAUGUCGACCACCUAAUUCGGGCGGUUCUGGAAGUAUUACAAAUUGAAGACGCAGACUCUACCCCAGGUAAGACUAAGAGUCUCUUCAAAAAGCACCACAAGGCCUCGGCCUUCUUUCCAGCCCAUGAUCAGCUACAAGCAUUGAUUCAGGAGGAGUGGCAGUCACCUGAAAAGAGGUUUCAGGUCACUAGACGCUUUACCAGACAGUACCCCUUCCCUAAGGAAUUCAUUGACAAAUGGAGCGUACCACCCGUAGUCGACGCCCCAGUGUCCAGGCUAUCCAAGGCCACUACCCUUCCAGUCCCUGAUGCUUCGGCAUUCAAGGACCCUACUGACAAAAAACUUGAGGGGUUCCUGAAGGCCGCCUUUUCAGCCUCAGGCUCAGCCCUUCUGCCUAUCCUCGCAUCCGCCUGGGUUAGUCGGGCUAUUGAGGCGUGGGCUAGUUCCCUACUAGAAUGUACACAAGACGCCUCCAAUCCACAGGCUUCGCAGUUAAUUUCCUACAUUUUAGAGGCUAAUGCCUUUGUCAGCGAAGCGGCACUGGACGCGGCCAGACUCAUGGCACGUUCCUCAGCUCUUUCGGUCGCGGCUCGCAGAGCCCUCUGGCUAAAGAUGUGGUCAGCCGACCUCAGCUCCAAAAAGUCCUUAAUUUCCAUUCCCUUUAAGGGAUCCAGACUCUUCGGGGAAGAGUUAGAAAAAAUCAUAUCCCAGGCCACAGGGGGUAAGAGCACGCUUCUCCCACAAAACAGACCCAAGUCAGCUUUCAACCCCCGAAAGGGUAACUCCUUUCGCUCCCAGAGCUCCCGCAACUACAAGGGGAGUCCCCCAUCACGCUCAUCUACCGCCUUUAAACAGCGGUUUCCCAACAAGGGCAGAUCUACCUGGCAGCCCCGAAAACCCCAAGCCAAGCCUACGGGGGACAAGGCCGCCUCUUCCUGACUAUGUUACAAUUACACAGGGGUCAGUAAACCUAGGGGGCAGGCUUCGUUUUUUCGCGGAUACCUGGGCCGCUCACUCCACCGACCCUUGGAUCCUCGACAUCAUUGCGUCCGGGUAUCGACUCGAGUUCAAGAGUCCUCCCC